AUGGCUAAACGUGCUGAGCAGCUCCCGGCAAUGCCGCCCCAGGACCCUUCACUGCAGGUCCCAAGCGGUCUGCGCGUUGCUUACGCCAAGCAUCUUCUUGACAAACAUCUCCGCAGCCUACGAUUUGAACUGAACGAUGGUGUCAGUCGCAAUGAACCUCUUCCCGCAAUAGGCCAUGCACCAUAUAAGGGGCAUGAAAAUCCCUUGGAGCAUCUCUCCGAGUACAAGGGUCGCGUUGCCAUCGUUGGUGCUGGCGUCACCGGCUUGUACCUUGCUAUGAUGCUCAAGUACCUCAAGAUCCCCAAUGUGGAUAUCUAUGAGGCGUCAAACAGGAUUGGUGGUCGCGUAUAUACGUAUCCCUUUGAGCAGGAAAACGCAUCCCCUCAUAAUUACUAUGACAUUGGGGCCAUGCGUAUCCCCGAGAUUGACGCAAUGCAAUCGACACUUACCCUCAUCGAAGAGCUGGAUCUUCCGAAAACGAAGUACGUUCUUAAUGCUAAGUGCGAGCCCCAGAUGCAUUGGUACUCCAACACCGAAUCGCCAGACGGUACACCAUAUGAUGAUCGGAUGAACGAGAUCAUAAAGAGUAUCGGGUCAAACUGGGACGAGAGGUUCGCGGAAUGGAUCAAAACUGGCAAGGAUAACCAUUCUACCAGAGGAUGGCUCAUGUUCACCGACCCCCACUCUACUGGUCUAUUCGAGCAGUCCUUCGUCGAAUCCCUAUGUGAUUUCAGCGAUUUUCAGGCCACGGAUGGUAAGCCCUGGUGGCGUCUUGAAGGCGGCAUGACAGUCGUCACCGAGAAGAUGAACCAAUGCAUCGAAGAUCCUAAGUGGGCUCCCCACAACCCUGUCUCUCUUAAAGUCACCAAAAAUACGCCUGUCGAAGCUAUGACAGAGAACCAUCAGGAGAAUAAGAUCGAGGUUACUGUCAACGGGGCUGGGGGAACCAAGACAGUGGCAUACGACAUGGUCUUCAACACCACCGCCAUGGGUCCUCUCCAGCGCAUGGACAUCUCUGGCCUCGUCCCCGGUUUUGGCCUUCCUCAGACUCAGAGGAACAUUCUCACCGGUAUUAGAGCACUUAGCUAUGAUCGAUCCUGCAAGGUCGCAGUGAAGUUCAAGAGCCGUUGGUGGAAGAACAUGUACAAAGCUUCCAAGAACGGCAGCACCUUUGGCGGCGUAUCGGGCUCGGACCUGCCAAGCAGCAACAUUGUCUACCCAUCCUGGGAUGAUGGAGAUGAGAACUCUGCAGUGCUUAUGACGUCUUAUACCUGGGCCCAGGAUGCUACGCGAAUGGGAUCGCUGAUUCCUGAUUACACGAAGCAGAAACCGCAUAUCGACGACGCUGUCGUUACUCAGUGCUUCCAAGAUCUCGUCAAGCUCUGGGGACAGAGCGAGGACCCGAAAAUUACCGUCGAGUUUCUUAGAGACCAGUAUCUCGAGCACCACGCUUUCGCUUGGUCUCACGAUCCCUACACCGGCGGUGCCUUCGCUCUUUUCGGCCCUGGCCAAUUCAGUUUUAUCUACCCCCAGUUCCAGCAGCUCCUCUGCGAUGGUAAGUUCGCUAUCUGCGGCGAGGCUCUUAGUCCUCAUCACGCGUGGAUCUCUGGAUCCUUGGAUAGCGGAUACCUCACCAUGCUGCGAUGGCUAGUCCAUCUUGAGGAUAACGAUAGGGCUGAUGCAUUGAAGAAGGCAUGGUUUGGACGUGGAAAGGGCGAACAUACUGCUGAGUAUGAUGGGAAGUUGAUGAGAUGGACUGUUGAGCUGGGCCAGCAAGCGGCUAGGAAGACCCGAAAGAGGCAUUACUGA